CGCGUGCGUGCGCAGAGCGCGUCCCCGACCACACGCCGCCGACAACAAGCUGACAAUCCGCGUCCAGACUGGCUUUUAAAUGAAAAUAAACCACUUAACGGAAAGAAUAAGACACACAAAAUCAUUUGGUCAGCAGGGUGAAGGUUUAUACUUUGAGAGCUUGAGGUGGUAGCCAAGAUAUCCUCCCCCGUUGAAAGAGAACACGUUGUUCCAUUUGGAGAAGAACAGUGAGGAGGGAUGGAGUUCCCUGUAGAUGUGUUGGUGUCUGGGAGACAUGAAGACUUGGAAAGUUCAGCCCAGACCUACAUGAACAAGCUACUUUACAGCAAACUGGAUUAUACACAAUAUGUUACUCUUUCUAGCGCAAGAAAGAUUCAGAUCACUCCUGCAAAUGUUGGCUUUGUUCCUCUUUAUGGUGCCAACCUCAGACACAAAGUCCUGGCUCUGUUUGCUCCCGAGGACCAGUUCACAGCUGUGGCUUUGUUUUUGGCUGAUGAGUGGUACAAUGUUGAAGAUAUUCUCAGGACUUCAGAUCCUGCAAGAGAAGGCCUUAUAAAGGUGAGAUCUGUGGGCGAGAGGAUUGUGUUGUAUGUCCUGAACCGCAUUAUUUACCGGACGGUGGAGAUGGGUUCGAGCGAGGUGCCGUUCCUUUGCCAUGGAGAAGAUGACCAUGCCAAAAUCCUGUGGAAGAAUGGAGAAGCAGUGGGCUUCUAUUCAGUCAAAUCUAAAGGUAGCUUGUGCAAUAGCUUUGUGAGCCAGUGCUACCUGCUUCCCGUCAUGGACUCCAUAUUUGUCCGGAAGAAUCACCGUGGUAACGGUCAUGGCUUGCAGAUGUUGGAGGACUUUGUGGACUCUUUUAAAGAAGAUGAACUGGGCCUGAAAUACCCUUUAACUCAGGCCAUGCAAAAGGUAUGCAGUCAGUAUCUGAGCAGAUACCCAGCAGAUGUGGACCUGCUGUGGGAGGUGGAAGGAGUUGGAGGUCCUUAUCAAAAAGUGAAAGUGGCAACCAAACUUGCUUCUGUUACACUAAAAUACAGUAACAGCUCAUGGCCAGCAGAGGACAACACAAAUGGAGAAUUUGUUUUGAACGAGGUGGAGAUGACUGAGGAGAGCUCCCUGGAUAUCACGGAAGACGUGGUGACUGUUAAAAAACAUCUCAAGGCAGCAGAAGAAACACUUGACUUGCCCGUAUCCACACGCUCGCAGAGCAGCCAGCACAGACAAAAGAAACGACUGCGGGAAGAGGACGGCGAUGAGAACCGACCUGAAAAAAUCAACAGAUUGACCAAAGAAGAGGUUGAGGUAGAACCUGAUGCUGUCGUACCUGACAAUAAAGAGCCGGAUGUAGAGACAGAAGGAGAACAAGAGGAAGAAAAAAACUCAAUCCAAUUUGAUGAGGCCGAGUCUACCGAGGCUCCUGAUACAGAGCCAGAGCAUGAAAAUCCGAUAAAUGGAGAAUUGAGUGACAGCCAGGCAGAGAAGGAGGCGGGGUCAACAGACACGGCAGAGGAUGUCCAAAGCGGUGAGGAGUGCUCUCUACAACCUGUCAUUAAAAAUGGUACUGCUGAGGAGAUGGAGCUAGAAGGAGAAUGUGAAUCACAGGAGACUCUUGUGGAAAAGGAGAAUGUUGUUAAUAAUCCAGAUGAGUCUGAGGAGCCUGCUACAGAGUCAGUGCAGACUGACCAAGUGCCUGUUUUUGAAAGGAAACAGGAAGCAUUUGAGGAAGAAGAGGAACAAAAAGAGGAAGUUGAGGGGAAACUCAUUCUUGAAGUAGAGGAAGAACAAGAAGAGAGCCUAACUCAUUCAGCUGAGGACACUAAAGAUGUAGAUCAUCCUCCAGAAACCUCUGAGAUGACUUCUGAGGUUCCAGCUCUCCUAGCUGACAACCGAGAAGCUGAAAAUGUCCAUUCUGACCAAGACGGUGAGGCAGUGGGAGAACCAUCACACCCUCAGCCAGAUGCUUCAGUGGAAAAGGCCUCCGGUGCUCCUAUUGAAGCAAGACUAGGAGAGGAGGCCAUCAUGGAGACCGAGGAGCCAAUCGUGAACCAAGAUAGGCCGACCUCCGAUAUGCUAAUUGUGGACCAAGAGAGCCAGCCUGUCACAGAGAAUAGCACAAAAGAUGAUACAGUUGUGCCUGAGAAGAUGAAUGAAGAUAAUACAACCACCACGGAAGAUGAGAAGGAAGAGGUGAAAAGCUCAAAUGAGUCUCCUUCUGAUGUUCGAGUUCUCAGAGGGGGCAGGAGCAAGCCUGUACCUCCGACUCCCAAACGCACAUCCGGUAAAUUGGGCAAAGCUGUGGUCAAAGAGGUAGAAGAGGAGCUGGAGGAAGAAGAAAAAGAGGAGGAAGAGAAACUCACAAGCACAGAAGAAGAGAAGGGGAGCACCGAGGAAGACGAGGCUGCUGAACACAACUCUGAAGAAGAGGAAGAGCCACCGGUGGUUGACAGGAGGGUGUUAAGGAGGAAAACCAAUGUAAUCCAGUCCACGCCCAGACCAAAAGUUAAGAGACACAGCAAAAACUAAGUGCAUACUUCUCUCUCACUACACUGUCUGUCUCUAUACGAACAACACAGUAUUCUCUUAUGUUUUAAGUAAGCACUACACGGUUAUAUACUUAGACCUUUACUAGAAAGUGUAGAUGUUUUAUAUACAAGGUUUAUACCAGGCAGUGGUUCUCCUUUGGACAAUAUUUGUUGUCUCUUGAUUUAGAUUUCAUGAGGGUAAUUUUAUUACUAAAAGAUAAAGUUAAAAAGAGUCUUUAAUAUGCAGUUAGGCAAUGUUGACAACUCUGAAUUGUAACUGUGAACUUUUAAUUGUUCUUUCUUUUAUCCUUUGACUCACGUUUGCUUUUGAUACACAUUGACUGGUUGCAACUUAAAAGGGUCAGUGUGCCCACAAAUUCAAAAUUCUGUCAUUGUUUAUUAACCAAAAAAUCAUACAAUUUUGAAAACCAUGCAAUGACGAUGUUCAUAGUGACUGCAUUUACAAAAGGAAAGCCAUGCAAAAGCUUUGUGAUAAAGAGUUUGAUAGUUUUAAGAACUGUUACCUCAAAAAAGUUGAAUUAAGAACUUGAUCUGUGAAUGAAUCAUUCGUUUGAGGCAGUUUAUGAUUCGGUUCCCAAAUCAAACUGUAUGAGUUUAGGAAUCAAACUAAUUUAUUCAUAAAUUGGAGUCUUAACUAGUCCAACUCUGUUUCGAACUUUAAAGAUGCUACAUGGCUUCAGAAGCUUGUUGACACUUGUUUUUUUUUUGUCAGUUCUGUUGCAUUACAUAUGUGGUCGCUAUAAACAAUUACAUAAGGGUUAAACAAUGACAGACUUUUAGUUUUUGGUGAAUUUAACACUUACAUUUUAACACUGCUGUUUAAAAGCAGCUUCGCUUGCACACUUUCAAAAACUGACUUAAAAUGUGAAAUCGUAUGUUAGAUGUGAUGUGGAGUGAGUUUUUACAAUUGUGGAAUACAUUAAAAAAUAUUUCACUUUUAGGGCUUUUGUUAAAUGUUACCUCACACAGCAAUGUUAAAAAAAACAAAAUAAUAAAAUAACAUUCCACAAGUUCAACUUUGACCUUCAUAGUGCACCUGAGAAUUUUUUUUUGCUUUUUAUAAGCGUUUUGUUUUCUAAUAUCUACACUUUUUCUUCAAAAUGCUGUGAAUACAUGUGUGUGAACGCACACAUAUAUGUUCUUACUUUCUUAAAAUAUUUUGGUCUAAAUAUAAAGUUUACAAAUAGCUUUAUUUGCUAUCUUUAUGGUAACACAUACAUGCUGUGUUAUACACAUAAAUUAUAUUAAAUAUUUUGCAUAGAUCUCUUAUUGUUUUAUUUUAAAUUACACUGACUAGAUGACACAUUGAGUGCAAAACUCAUGUUUGAUGGCUUUAAGUUGCUUUUUUCCUACUUGUUGGAUGGUGUUUUUAAGUUUUUAUGACACAAGUCAUCAUAACGUACACUGACCUUUUUUCUGUGUUCUUUUUUCUAAAGAUCUGAAACCACACUUAUUGUUUCAUUCAUGUUUUUAUCUUUGUUAAAAAAAUUAAACAUUAUUUGCAUACUAUUUUAGUGUUUGCAUUUUACAUUUAAUAUAAUAAGAGUUCUGAUUGUUUUUCCUUGUCCGUGUACUGCACUCUUUGAAUGACCACAUGAGGGCGCUGUGGGAUAUUGCAAAAGCCAUUGCUUUAGUAGGUGUUCAGGCAUCUGAGGUUGGUUAGUUGCUUCAGAUAAAAAAAUAUGGGUAAAAACAUAAAUCUAAUUUUCUGGAGCUUCUCGGAAGGGUUUUUCUCCAUUUUAUGUGAAAAGUCAUCACUACUUUAUUUGGAGUUAAUCUGUGAACGAUUUCAAAGUCUUUUUUUGUGUUAAAGCAAUAAUGUCCUGAUUGUUUUCGCAAACUGUGAUUUUUUUCUUUCUUUCUUGUAGUUAAUAAAUACCUUAUUUGUA